CGCAUUUCUUAGCCAAAGAGCAACUUAUUUACUUGAUAUAGUAAAGAGUGUUUGUGUGUGUGAGAGAGAAAGAGAGAGAGAGAGAAAUGGAUAGCAAGAAUUCAUUAUCAACUGCAUUUUUUCUCUUUAUCAACCUGAUAUUCUUUGCCUUAGUGAGUGGAUGCAACACUUGUGUUCAACCCAAGCCAUUCCCAAACCCUACACCUGCAAAGAAAAGCUGCCCAAGAGAUGCCUUAAAAUUGGGAGUUUGUGCUAAGUUGCUUAAUGGUGCAGUUGGUGGAGUUGUUGGGAACCCCCCAGACCACCCUUGCUGCUCUGUACUUCAAGGGCUUGUUGAUCUCGAAGCAGCUGUUUGCCUUUGCACUGCAAUUAAAGCUAACAUUCUUGGGAUUAACAUUAACAUUCCCAUUUCUUUGAGCUUGCUUAUUAACACUUGCGGGAAGCAACUUCCCUCUGACUUCAUUUGCGCCUAAGCCUAAUUAAGCAUUUGUAAUUUGUGGGCAGUAUUGUUUAAUUUGGAAUUAUUGUGUUUUAUUUAUGUUUUGGCUUUUUCUUGUACUCAUGUUUGUUAUGUAACCCUAAGCGUGUUCAAUAAUUCUUACAGUGAAAUUUUAUUGCGUUUCUUUAUGUAAA